GUUUGCUUCAUUCGGGAAGUGGAAAGUUGUGGUCUGCUGCCGCUUCUCUAUUCUGCCGAGACGCGGCGCGGCGUGGCGCUGCUUUCAGAGCCGCUGCGAACCUGCAGUGACUAUGGGAUGCGGCACGGUUAGCUGAGGUAUCCACAGGCACGCCGGCGGCUCACAAGGCAGCCAUGGGGAAUGCGGAGGCAGGUGCCGCAGUGGCGGAUAGCGCAGGCGGCACGGCCGAGACGGCCCCCCUGUGCGGAGAAAAUGGCGUCCUGUUUGUGCUGGAAGACUAUCCCCCUCCCAACCUUGCCGAGCCCAUCUUCAAGACAGGGGAGAAGCUACAAGUUCUGUCCGAGCAAGACGGCUGGUUGCAAGUUCGUUGCCUAGAGAAGGAAGACUAUAUUCCAAAACACCACACCGGAAACAUCUACAGGGGGUGGCUCUUCGAGGGCGUGAGCAGAGACAAAGCAGAAGAGCUGCUGGAGCUCCCAGGACACAGACCCGGCUCGUUUAUGAUCAGGAAGAGCUUAAGCAACACAGGGAUGUAUUCACUAUCAGUUUGGAAUAAUUCAGUGAAACAUUACCGCAUCUUCUGCCAGCCCAAUAACAGCUACUACAUUUUCCCUCGCAUGUCCUUCCACUCCUUGGAUGACUUAGUCGGCCACUAUUCUGAAUCUGCAGAGGGUCUGUGCUGCCCCCUCACCACGCCGUGUCUGGCCUCCAGCAGCAGGAGAGUCGAUCCGUCCAGCCAGGCUCCCCCUGUGGUGAUGCGGUGCAAGUUUGACUGGAAGAACGUUGACAGGUCAGGGUUCAAAAGCAGGAGCCUGCUGCUCUCUCCAGAAAGCAGAGACUCGGCGCUAAGCUUUGGGUUGAGAAGCAGCAUGGCCACCUACGUUUCCCUGACGGGCCAGAACGGCAGAAGCAAGACAGCCAGCCAGAAAGCCAAGAGGGGACACCAGCUGGAGGAAGACGAGCUCAUCGCCCUGACUGGCCAGGAGGACGGCUACCAACAGCCUUGUUAGACAUACCGCUGGGUCCUGUACGUACCGCUGUUGAUGUCUGUCCCCGUCUCUGUAAACAACUCGUAGUUUAUGGUACGGGAUACAAAUUGAAAGGGUUGCAAGGUCAUUGUCUGGUCAAAGCAUCUUUUCGAAAGUUGUUUUUAGUUAUUUUUCACGUAAAGCAAAAGAAAAACCAUAAAUCAUGCAAACACAACGUCCAAACUGUAAAUAAUAUAUAUAUGUAUUUAUAAAAUCGACAUGUCAAAAAAACAAAAAUAAAACAAUUAUGCUAAAAAUG